AUGUCGAAUGACGACGAUGUAGUCCGCAACCAACUCGCGCUACAGUAUGCGCAGUACGAGACCUUCAGCAAAACCCUCAGGUCCAGUGGUGUGGAAGGCGCCUCCGACAGCGAAAGUUCCAACGACGACCAACACCUGGUCAAACAUGCGCAGCCCAAAAGUUCUGAAGUCUCAGGUAUAGGCGCAGUACUCCCCACAGGCGACGACGACUACGGCAACGAGAUGCUGAGCCGCCAGGAGACAGCCGCGACUCAGCGCCUUCGCAAACAAAUACUAGGUGACCGUGUCAUCCCUCCAGCAGGAUCACUCAGUGCGACCGGAUCUAUGAUACAAGGCGGAGGUCACUCGGCUGCACCGAAACCUCGAUCUCGACCCGCCACGAAGCAGGACAGCGAUGACGAAGAAGAAGGGCGAGGCAAACUUGGCAAGAGCAAGAGCAAGAGUAAAGGCGUCGGCGUCGACAGCAGUGUACCUGACUUGGUGACCAGUGACGCUGACAACUCGGGCACGGCUCAGCAGACGGGAACAUCGAGCCCACAGCCAGUCUCCAAGAAGCGAGGCACGAGCUACCUUGAUCAGCUCCUAGCAAAUCGUGCCAACAAGAAAAGCAAGAAGAAGCAGAAACAGAAGCAAGAAUCUGCGGGAUGA